AUGGGUUUAAUCACUUGCAACAAACGUUUUUACCAGAAAACUAUAAGACAGUGCGUAAAAGCCCAGGAAAUGAUUAUGCAGCAACAGCACGCUACUAAGCCUAGGGCGGUUUCCAUGAAUAUAACUGAGAAAGACGAAACAAUUAUGUCAACCGAGAUAUUUCCUACCGCUAAAGUAGUUCCGAUGGUAUUGACAAAUAAAGAACCUGUAAUUUUGUCAUUCGAUGACGUGCCGGGCCCCAAAGCUUUAAAACAUUUAGCAAGAUUUCGUCAGUAUCUUUCGGAAGUCGGCACUCAACUCACUGCUGGCUUCAUAACAGUUGGCCUUAAUGUGGGAACGUAUAUAAAUACUAGAAAGCCGUUGAAAAAUUUAUCGUCAUUAUUUGACGAAUACGGCCCAGUUGUUCGUUUUAUUAGUCCCGUGGGCUCAGAUAUAGUACUUAUUAAUCACCCGGACCAUAUCCAGAAAGUUUAUACCAUGGAAGGCGAAUAUCCUGUGAGGUCGACUCUGGACUCCUUGGAGAAGUAUAGAUCAGAACAUAGACACCAUACCUACGGAUUGUAUACAGUACAAGGCAACGAUUGGUGUCGCCAGAGAACGUUAGUUGUUAACCCUCUAAACGACUCGAUUGUACAUCAUCUAAUAGGUAUCAACGAUGUGUGCGAUAGUUUUACUGGAAAAAUAUACAACUCCAGGAACUAUCAGGACCAGUUGGUUAAGGAUCUUUAUAAGGAGCUACAUAAAUGGGCUUUCGAUUGUAUGGGACUGAUACUCUUCUCAAAGAGAUUCACUAUGCUGGACACUGAGCUCGUAUACAGUCAGUGCGAUAUGUCAUGGUUGUAUCACAGCCUUGAGAAGGCCACCGAAGCAAUCAUCAAGUGCGAAUCUGGAUUGCAAUUCUGGAAAUUAUUCCCGACACCUGCGUGGUCAUCGCUGGUAAAAUACUGUGACAAUCUGGAUAGCUUGAUCGGUAAACAUGUUAUGGAGGCCGAACAGUCAAUUUCUUUCACAAAAGACAUUUCUGAAAUAAAAAAUAAAUCUUUGAUACAUGCAAUGUUAAUGGGUGAAGAGAAAAUGGGUGCUGAAGACAUCGCUACAAUAAUUAUGGAUAUGCUUCUGAUUGGAGUGAAUACUGUAACGUCGUCCAUGUCCUUCAUUCUCUAUUAUUUAGCCAAAUAUCAGAGAGCACAAAAGAUAUUAUACAAUGAAAUACGCGAACUUAAUUCAAACCUUUCUAUAAAUGACAUGAAAAAGUUGACUGAUCAAACUCCUUACCUUCAGGCUUGUAUAAAAGAGACAUUACGACUAGUGCCGCCGAUACCAGUGUUAACCCGGGUUUUACCUAAAAAUAUUACUUUGGACAGAUACAAUAUUCCACGUGGCACAUUAAUCAUAAUGUCAACACAAGAUUCGUCAUUAAAAGAAGGUAACUAUGAGGACGCUGCAGUCUUCACACCAGAAAGAUGGCUUAAGGAUGAUGCUAAGGAGUAUCACGCUUUCGCUUCUAUACCGUUCGGUUCUGGACCCCGAAAAUGCUUAGGACAAAAUAUAGCAGAAACGAUGUUGGCACUGCUUACCGCCAAAAUUGUGCAAAAAUACAAACUGGAAUACCACUAUGGAGAUAUCCAAUCUACAAGAAAUUUCAUAUCUAGACCAAAUAAACCCUUGAAAAUAAGAUUUGUGGACCGGCCCUAG